AUGGAGGAUUUGAACCAGCUGCCAACCGUCAUUCCAAUUAGCUACGAUGCCAAACGCACCAGAAAUCGGCUGGCUCAGAGACGUCGCAGGGAAAAGCAAAAGUCCCUGAGUACUCUCGAGAAAGGGUCGACGUCGUCACAUUCUGCAACAAAGGAGGCGGCACAGCUGCACAAUCCCACCCCUGAUAUGUUGGGUUGGGCACAACAAGGCGGAACUGUGCAAUGCACAGCGGGUGCUUCCGUCGCUUCUACGGGUGGAGGCGAUACCCUCGUUCCAUCACCCUGGGCAGACUCAAUUGUAGGAACUUUAGCGUUGCAAGAGCAACAAUCGGACCUGCAGUUUUUGCACGACGAGGCUGCGUUCACGUCAAGCGGAAACUUCGUGUUGGAAGCGAGCCUGACACCCCACCCUCUUACACCAUCGCCUCGACUGGAUCCCGAGUUGGGGCAAAUGGUGCGCACCAGCAGCUCCACACUCCUCCAGCGGCGAACAUUGCCAGCAGCUGGACAGCUUUGCGAAGCAAUUCCAUCCCCUACCUUGGCCCGCGACGCUAACAAUGGCACGCAUAUGAUAAGCCAACCAGUGGCCAGCCCUCUCAUUAGCCCGGCCAAGUCGUCAGCGUCGACAGUCUCAGCCACAUCUGCAGCCAACCGUCUUGGAGACGCAAAUGCCGGAGCCGAACAGUCCAUCGCCAAGAUUCUAAUCUUGGCCGAAGAGAUGGGAUUUGAUAGCUUCGAUGACCUGGCGGCUACGUACUACACGGCAACGUUCUCAGAGGGUUCGCUUCCCCGGUACGCGCAGUCCACGUCGCGCAGCCGUCGACUCCGCGGCUUGUUGACGGAGCUGCACACGAGCUCACGCAGCUGGAUGGGCAGAGAAGCACGGGGAUAUAGUGACGGGCAGAUGCGCCUGUUGGAGACGGUGUGCGUCGAGGAACUGAGUGGCAUCUCCGCCGGCGAGCAGCACCAGAUCCACCGGACGCAAGCCUUCAUCACCAACAUGAUCAAGCAACUGUUCACGCACGACGGGGCGGAACAGCGUCUAGAAAAGGACAAGGACCGCUUGCGAGAACAGAUACCGUCACUCUGGGCAUUGCUGUCGCAGGUGGCGCAGAACAUCAAUCCGGGGGCGGAAGACUCGUCACUGGCUAUCUGUGUGUUUGUCUAUCUACUUCAGGUUCCGCUGUAG